AUGGGGCGUGACACUGGAGAGUUCUGGCCCCUCCCCAAUCCCCCAUCCGACCCAAAUCUGCGUUCCGGACGAACACGCGACGACCGGGGCAUCGGGAUGCCAUGCUCCACCUCCUCGGUUUUUUUUCGUAUGCAAAUCGCAAGCCAGAUUCCGACUUGCUUCCCCUGUUGUCACUUGUGA